CAUCUGGAUAGUGGAUUCCAAUAAUGGUGUGACUGUGUUGUGUGUGCUUAUAUAUCGAUCAAGGGGGAGAGGAGCAAGCAGAGAGAGAAUUUGUGUGUGGGUGCGUGUACGAGAGAUAAGAGACUGUGUGAGAAAAAUGGCGACGCCGUCAUUCCUUGGAAACCGAUACUGGGUGCUGAGACACGGUAAAAGCAUCCCAAACGAGAGGGGUCUUAUUGUUUCCUCUAUGGAAAAUGGAAAACUUGAGGAAUAUAAAUUGGCUACUGAAGGUGUUAAUCAAGCAGAGUUGGCUGGAGAAUUAUUCCAAAAGGAACUGAUGGAGAAUAGCAUACCAUUUGAAAAAGUUCGAAUUUGCUACUCCCCGUUUUCACGAACCAGUCACACUGCUAAAGUUGUUGCAUCUGUUCUGAAUAUUCCAUUUGAAGGUCCUCAAUGUAAGGUUGUAGAAGAUCUGCAUGAGCGUUACUUUGGUCCUUCAUUUGAACUUAUGUCUCAUGAUAAAUAUGCGGAAAUAUGGGCUCUGGACGAGAAGGACCCAUUUAUGCAGCCAGAAGGUGGAGAAAGUGUUGCAAAUGUUGUUGCUAGACUUACAAGUGCUUUGGUAACCAUGGAAUCAGAGUAUCAAGGAUGUGCAAUCUUGGUGGUGAGCCAUGGUGAUCCCUUGCAGAUUUUUCAAACAAUACUCAAUGCAGCUAAAGAAAACACAGUAAGCAGUAGCAAUGACUUGGCAACGAGAAUACUGUCGGUUAAAGUCCCGUCUGUCCUCUCAAAGCACCGGAAGUUUGCCCUGCUGACUGGAGAACUCCGGGCAGUUGCAUAAAUUGUAGCCUCUACUUAGCAGGACAGAGACGGGCAUGUUAGGAGCAAAAGGGACCGAUAUUCCCAUGGAUUCAAAUAUCAAGUUUAGCCCAGAUGAAGCGAGCUUCUUAAUGUUGGUAUGAUUUUGAGCUCGAUAUUAGGGGAAUAGCAGAAGAAUAUUUGAAAACUCUCUUUCAGUCUGUCUGACGAUGUGGGAAUGGUAUUUUCCACAUUUCUGUUCCUUGACAAAGCACAAAAUUUGCGCAUGUAUUGAAAUGAAGUUUUUCAGGAUAUCUCUCAUUGGUGGGAUGGGAAGGAGGGAAGGGAAGAGGGGGAAGCAAUUUUCUUGUGGACACUAGGGUUGGGUUGCUGCUACUCGGGCAGGUUGGGUGAUAUAUUUGCUUCAAGAUGAUUAUUAUUUUUUCUUUAUUUUUAUUUUUGUCUCUGAUUUCAGAAUUAAUUCAAAAUUUUAAUAAUUUUAUAAAAUGGCAUAUUUUUUAGUAUAUUAAAAGAAAGAGUGAGAAGAAGUGAAGAAAAGAAAGGAGAAAGUGUAGAGUGGCAGAUUUUGUAUUUUAUGUCAAUGGACAGAAAGUAAAAUAUAAUUAAAAAUAAAUAACAAUAUUUUUUUAAUAAGGCCACUCAGUUUGAUUGAAAGUAAGUUUUUAAUGAUAGUGCUUUAACCAUAAGGUAACAACUUCUCAUUACACCUUUGCCCUCUUCAGAUUCAGUGCUUAAGGAAAUGAGCUCACUAUCACACAUUUUUUUGAUGAAUUUUUUUUUUUUUU